UAUGAUGUUGUGGUGGUGGCAUUUCUUGUUUUAAACCUGUUUUGUUUCUUGGUUAAAAAGAAAUUUAUUGCUGUUGAUUACCUGUUUGUUUUUCUGAGAUAAACACCUACACUUGGCCUAGCCUAGAUCCUAAGUUUUAAAGUAUUUUCAGACAUCAGUCUUGAGAGCCCAUCGGCCAGUAACAUUUCUCGACCGGGUUUGUACUUUAUUUUCAUAUACCCUUGUAAUCUCAAUAGAAGCCGUUGCAGCCUACUGUAGGUGGUGCACUCAUUAGGUUUUUUUGGUGGAUCAUUUCUAAUGGUUUGUGAUCGCUUUCUACAGUGAAGCUUCUACCAUACACAUACAGUUGAUAAUUUAUUUAUUACUGAGUCAUUAUGGAAGGGGACACACCAGAAGGUAAUGAUGAUAGUUUACCAUCAAGCCCACAUCACCAGCAGCCAAGUCAAGCAAUCUCUGAUGAUGAUUUCAGAGAAAUAUUAUCAUCCAUGUCAGGAUGGUAUGAUCGCCAUGGAUACAUAAAUAUGCUGAAAGUUUUGUACAGAGACCUUGUAACUGAGCCUAAUAAGCUAUAUGCUGCCACCAAGGUGAUUGAAUUGUUUGAAUUGGUAUGCAGUUCUGGACAUCUGAGUCCUGCAGAUCCUGGAGUACUAUAUGAUACUAUCAAUGUAACUAGGCCAUUUGGCAUGGAACCAGAACUACGAAAAUUGACAGAGAGAACACCUUUUAAUAUCAGGACAGACGCUGUAUCAAAGUUUGCACCUAGCAGGCUAAAGUUGAUCAAGUUUUUAGAGAGUCUCACCGACAGUGAUGUCAAGAAGACCUCAAAACUUUACAGCUGUGAGCAAAACACUGACAGAUGGGAAUUAUUUGUGGACUUGGAGCAUAGAGGCAGGAUUUGUGAAGAUAACAUGGAUGACAUUAUGCGAAACAUAACAACACAUCUCAUUAUUGAGUCAAAAAAUAACCCUCUUGGGUUGAGGGGGACUGGGAAAGGUAGUAAGGAUUUUGCUACACUAGAAUCUCCAUCUACAGCAGAUGACCAAAUAGAGCUAAUGUUGACUGGUGACACAGACACGAAGGUUACAUUGCGUGGUGACUCAGAAGCUGGCCCAAGUACAUCUACAGAUAAACAUUAUGAUUUCUAUAUCAUAAGUGAAGACAUUAAAUGGGAAGAACAAGUGAUACAUGGACUUCAAAAGAGGAAAUUAGAAGUGAAAUGUCUAAGUCGAAAGGACUGGCAACCCGGCAAAUAUAAAUUAGAGAACUUGACAAAACCAAUAAGAAGAUGCACUAAAGUUAUAGUGGGGUUUACAUCAGAGCCAGUGUCUGGUAAUAUGGAGUUUGUUGUUGCAAACGCUGUUCAACAAAUGCUGGAUAACAACACUCUGAAUCAUGGAAAACUCAUUCCAGUGAAAAUAACCCAGGCUGCUGUGAUACCAGACUAUUUGGGCCCGAUAACAGUAGCCAAUGGUUGGGAAGAAAAUUUCUAUGACAAGCUGUUGAAUACCUUAAGUGACAAAGAUGAAGAUGACCAAUUGCCAUCUAUCUCUGAUCACCAGCAGCCUUACCCAGGGAGAUGAGAGUCUCACAGUGCUGGCAAUCAAUGGAAAGCAAAAACAACAUAACAUGAUUUUCAUUGAAAUGUGAGUACAAUAUAUUACAUUAUUAAUAUUCCAAAUUAUGAGCUUAGCCAAUAGUUUACCUGUUAACUUUCCAACAGGGUAAUUCCCUGUCAAAUCAACCAGAGGUCCCAGGUCGACCGUCUCCGAUUUUUAUGAAACUUCUUAAAAAUGAUCCACUAUGUGAAAAAUCAACACACACAAAAGA